UACUCAUGUUAUAUGUUGUAUGAUUGACUCUUAGAUUGAGGAUGUUAAGCAUAAGAGAUAUGCUGUGAUGAUAAGAUGCAAGUAAACGUGUGUUUGGUAUGCUGAAACCAAAUGCAGGCGUUAUGUCAUGUAAGGUGAGGAAGAAAACUCACACAAGUUCAUCUGAUGGUGGGGGAGGGAUGGGAAAGUGUCCGGGCCGUGUUAUACCCUCCAUGAAUGGGGACAGGAUUGAGAGAUUUGAAUUAAAGGAAUAUCCAAACGAUUCACUCCGAAUUAUCAAUGAACUGAGACAUAGUUCGUUGCUCUGUGAUGUCACUAUCAAACUGGAAUACAAUGGACAGAAGAAGAAAUUCUCGGCCCACAAACUUGUACUCGCCUCGUGCUCUCCGUAUUUUAAAGCCAUGUUCACUGGGGGAUGUAGAGAGCGUAAUAUGUCCGAGGUAAACAUGAGAGAAAUUCACCCCGAUGUUUUUUCAAAGUUAUUGGAUUUUGCUUACACCUCACGUAUACUGAUUAGUGAGCAAUGCGUUCUAUAUAUUAUGGUUGGAGCUUGUAUGCUACAAAUGAACCACGUUGUACAAAUAUGCUGCAAAUUUCUUGAAAACCAACUUGAUCCAUCCAAUUGCCUUGGUCUUGCUGCGUUUGCUGAAGAUCUUGGAUGUAUUGACUUGAAAAGGAAGAUCGAAAAAUAUGUCUGCGCCCAUUUCGAACAGGUGUCGCAAUCGGAAGAAUUCAAGACAUUGUCCCCAUGUCGGCUAUCAAAGAUCAUUGCUGCAGAUGAAAUACACGUUGAUUGUGAAUCUCAGGUUUACAACGCUGUAUUAUGUUGGGUGCAAUACAACCCAAAGACAAGACAGCAGUAUCUUAAAAUGCUCCUUGAAGCUGUUCGAUGCCAUUCGUUAACCCCAGGCUUCCUUGAACGACAACUUCAAAACUGUCCGGUGGUGAACAAGGAGCCUCGUUGUCGUGAAUACUUAGCUCAUGUAUUUAAAGAACUUACGCUCCAUAAACCAGUCGGUCACAAACCACGUGCUCCUGAUAUUGGACAGGUGAUCUACGUGGCAGGUGGCUACUUACGCCACUCCCUCCCUUACAUGGAGUGUUUCCAUCCCGAGGAAAAUAUGUGGCUCCGACUCCGUGACCUCCCGAUGCCACGGUCUGGAAUCGCGUCAUGUGUCGUACAAGGAUUAUUCUAUGCCAUUGGGGGUCGUAACAAUUCACCGGAAGGGAAUUAUGACUCUGCGGCAUGUGACAGGUACAAUCCAAUGUCAGAUCAGUGGGACCAUAGGUCAUCUAUGAACGUACCGCGCAACAGAUCAAGUGUUGGUGUCAUUGACAACAUGGUGUAUGCUGUGGGUGGUUCUCAAGGUCCAACACAUCAUAACAGUGUUGAAAGGUACGACCCUGAACUUGACACUUGGACGAUGGUAUGUGGCAUGAAGACCAAACGCAUCGGCGUUGGCUGCGCAGUUGUCAACCGUAUGCUGUAUGCUGUGGGUGGCUUUGACGGCGUUAACCGGCUGUCUUCAGUGGAACGCUACCACCCCGAAAACGACGAGUGGAGAGACACGCAGCCCAUGCACACAGCUCGAAGCGGCGCUGGCGUAGUCGCACUUGGGAACACAAUAUAUGCAGUCGGGGGUUACGAUGGCCACGAGCAACUCAACUCAGUGGAGAAAUACAACGUAUUGGACGAUACUUGGCAAUCUGUGUCCCGCAUGAAACACAGAAGAUCGGCACUCGCAGUUACCGUCCAUAACGGGAAGAUAUUCGCACUUGGUGGAUACGACGGCCACGAUUUUCUCUCCAGUGUUGAGUAUUAUGAUCCGGCAAAGAACGAGUGGAAAGAAGUAACCAACAUGUCAAGUGGUCGAUCAGGUUGCGGAUCCGCCGUCGGUUUUCAACCGUGCUUGAGGAGGUAGCGCCCACUACCGGCGGUCGUAUUUCUCCCGCUAUCUCCGCCCACGAGCGCCACCCACCGGCUUGCAAACGGAACGAUUUUUUCGCCCGAUCUUCAAUUUUCCGCCAAUUUCUUGGUGCAGUAUUCCCUCAAUAUAUCACCUCAUUUACGUCAUCAGAAACGUCACAGUGACGUCAUUAUGAUGUGUGCCUAUUAUACCUGACGCAUUCUUUCCUAUUAUUGAAUCAUCAGAAGCAGCUGUGACGUAAUAAUACCCGGAUUGGAUCAAUCCAAUAUUACAUCAUACUUGAAAAGUUCAAAUAAUCGAGUUAUAUUUUAUGACGUCAUAGUGUUAACAAAAACUUGGCAAAUUAGGAAAACGCAAACUUUUAACAAAAAAAUGAUUUUAAAUAUUUUAAACAAGAUUACAAACGUCCCAAAUCAGACGUGCACAUCGAGAUUGUGACGUUUAAAUUUCUUAAUUAUGACGUCACAGUGAAUAAUGCAGUUCUUCGUUCUGUGUUAAUCGUGCCUUUGUUCGUCGUGUGUUUGGGCUCGACGAAUGUCGGUGCUUUUUGCUUCGUCACUGUGACUCGCCAUUUUUCAUCUAGCGAUGAAACAUAUUCUAUUUAUUUUCAGUACUUGUAAUAAAUCUACGACGCAAAAAUCAAA